GGGAAAUACAUCGAUCUUUCUUUGAAUGACAUAUUGAGAGAUGUCAGGUCCAGAGUUGCAAGACUUGUGUAGAUUAUGUGGGGUUUUGAGGCGUUCGGAAUCACAUCGAAAUCCUACACGGAAGGAGGAUGUUUCGAAAAUUAUUCGAGCUGGCCUGAACAUCAACGUAGAAGAAGAUGUCACUGGGAUUCAUCCACCCUACAUUUGCCGACCGUGCGAGAUGAAGUUGCGGAGAUGGUGGGAUGCAACAAAGAAAAAGAAGAAGGCCUCCCUCAACAUCAAAGUUUCUAAUUUUCCAAGGGGUGAAGGGAUCUCUUCACAAUCGACCACGGCCACGUUGGCGAAAGUUGAAUGGGAGGAAGCAGCUCGAAGUGCAGGCCUCAACACAUGGUUGACAGAUAGUCGUCUUCAAGUCAUGAAGAUGGAUGGUGAGGGUAUGCCCUCUGUGUUUUUUACAGUAUUUGAUGACUGUACGUGGCGUUUGAUUGUAGCCGGUAUUGUUGCACAAGGGGACCUUCCCGUCUGUUGUGGACACCCAAGGGUUCUGAGUGUGGAAGAUUUCCAGGAUAUGCUGCGGAAGUUGUCUUCACUAUUUGUUUGUGAGGGAAACAAAGAUCUUCAUGGCGUUGUGGAGGCAAGGAAGGGGGCAGAAGGUCAGAUGCCAAUCAGGAUUACAGCCAAUGACAUCUACUGUCAGGGGACAGUUAGACACAUCAAAUGUCUCCUUCUUAGUAAUAGGCCCCGGUGUGAUGUGUGCAGGAUUCAUCGGAGUGACUUGAUGGUCCUUGCAAGUCGGGAGAAAGGAAAGUUGUUCAAGGAUGUGUCCGUCGAUUCCACAAUUCCAAACAAGAACUUGACAAAUCAACAGCUUCAACAGAAAGUGUCCCUUCUGCAGACCGAAAGGAGAAACCUGAAACGACGAAGUCUAGCCUUGAAGGACAAAGUAGCCUCCCUGCUGGAAAAGGAGAAUGUGGCGCGACAGUAG